AUGGAGAAGGAAGAAAAAUUUGGGACAACCGUCGUUGUUGACGACGUUGAGGUUGAUGAUAUUGAAUCAGUCACUUCUUUCGAUCCUAAUUCGGGUCUGAGAAGAGGUCUGAAAACAAGGCAUAUCACAUUGAUGUCUUUGGGUGGAAUCAUUGGUCCGGGUGCAAUUGUUGGUUUGGGGGUCUAUCUACACAAUGACGGACCUGCAGCUUUGGUUGUUGAUUACUCUAUCAUCGGGUUGCUAGCUUUUAGUUUGAUGCAAUCGGUUGGUGAGCUCAGUUCAUUAUUUCCAGCUACAAAUGGUUUCACCAACCAUAUGACAAGAUUUGUCGACGAAGCAUUCGCUGCAAUGACCUCUUAUAACUAUCUGAUUCUUUGGGUCUGCUGUUUAAUGGCUGAAAUGAUUGGUCUGUGCUCAACGAUGAAUUUUUGGGGACCAGCGGUUCCUGAAUGGGGCUAUUUUUUGCUUUUCUGGGCUUUCUUCAUGGGUAUCCAAUUUAUUGGCGUUGGUGGAUACGGCGAAGCUGAGUACUGGCUUGCUAUAAUCAAAUUAGUGGGACUGACCUUGUUCUAUAUUUUCACGAUUGUUUACAUGUGUGGUGGAGUUAAGGGGACUCCAGCAUUUGGCUUUAAAAACUUUGAAACACCAUGGGCAGAUAAGACACCAAUGAAAUCACUUGCUAAUGCAAUUAUCUACUGUUCAACUGGUUAUGUUGGUGUGGAAUUAACUGCGUUGAAUUCUGCAGAAGCCAAAAAUCCAAUUCGUGCUAUUCCGAUUGCAGUCAGACAAACAAUCAUCAGAAUUCUUUACAUCUUUCUUGGAAUCUCACUCAGUUAUGGAAUCACAGUUCCUUAUAACGAUCCUCACUUCCAAGGAACUGUAAAGAAUUUGCAGGCGCCAAUCUAUGUUGCCCUGUACAACGCAGGGUGGCACUCAUCAUACCAUCUUGUGAACGCAUUUGUGGUCAUUGUUUCCCUAAGUGCUAUAAACUCUGCGAUCUACAUUGGAACAAGAACCAUUGUCAACAUGGCUAAUGAGAAGAUGGUUCCAUUUCCUCAGUUCUUCAAAAGAGUCAACAAGAGGGGAGUUCCGUAUGUUGCAGCUGUCACAUUCAAUUUACUUGGAUUCUUGGGUCUUCUUGCGGUUGGUAGUGGUACCAAAGAUGCUUAUUCGUACUUCGUCAGUAUCUCCGGAGUCUCAACAUUUUUUGUCUGGGGUGCAAUUUCGUUUUGUCAAAUUCGGUUCAGAAUAGGAUGGGUACGCUCGGGAAGAAAGGUGUCAGACCUGCCUUUCAAAUGUCUGUGGUAUCCUAUUAUUCCAUGCUUUUCGGUUUUUAUGAAUCUUUUCCUUGCUUUAAUUCAAGGCUGGAUGUAUCUGAAACCUUUUGAUCAUAGCUGGUUCAUUGACUCAUACAUCAUGUUCCCUCUUUCUGCCAUCAUCUACCUUGGCUACAAGUUUUGGAAGAAAACCAAGAUUGUCAAAUACGAAGAUAUGGAUUUUGAUACCGGACGGAGAUUGGACUUGGAGGCAAAAUUCAGAGAAUAUCAAGAGGACCUCAGGCAUAAUCCUUUAACAACGAAACAAAAAUUCGCUGCAUUCUGGAAGGAAUGGAUCUAG